AAUUCUCUACCCUGAAACUCUCUGUCCAAUCCAUCCAUUCCCACCCAAGAAAAAACCCUUCAUGGCUUCCCAAGACAUCAAGCUCAGGCCAAAGCACCACCAAGAAACCCAACCAGAACCUCAACCCUCCACAAAACAAAGAAAAACCGGCACAGCGGCGCGGCGGGGGCUCCGGUCGCUAAGCGUCGCCGUCGCAGUCCCGGUGGGUCUGACCCUACUCGACAUCUUUUUCUUCGGGUCGACCCGCCGCAAACCGUUCUACUUCCCGCCACUUUGGGCCCUGCACGGGGCCUGUUUGGCGACUUCCGCCGUGUUGGGCCUCUCCGCAUGGCUUGUUUGGGCCGAAGGUGGAUUCCACCGCCGGCCCAGCGCAUCGAUCCUCUACCUGGCCCAGAUGGCGCUGAGCCUCGGGUGGUACCCGAUUGUGUUCGGGGCGGGGGCUUUUCGGGUCGGGUUGGUUCUGUGCGGCGCACUGAUCGGGUCUCUGGUGGGUUGCACGCGUGUGUUCAGGAGCAUGAACCGGACUGCCGGGGAUUUGUCCACGGUCUGCUUAGUUUGGGCUCUGCUUGUUUCUGUUGUCAAUGUUAGGCUUCUCUGGACCACCGGAACCAAGUCUAACUAGCUAAUGUGUGCCAAAUCAAACUUUGUGAUUUCCUUUUCUAGUGAGUGUAUGCAUAUGAUAUAUGAUAUGGCUUGCAAGUUGCAAUAAAAGAUAAAUACAUAAUUAUGAUAUUGUCAAGAAA